AUGAUCCGCGAGAAGACAGGCUUUGUGAGCGGGCAGGGCGGCGCGGGGGACGCGGAUUCAUUAAUAAUGGCCCACAACGUGACGCCCUUAUUUUCGGGCCGCGGCGACCUAUACGAUGAGGAACGCCAAGAAACCGAAUUCCUCGCGAACCCGUUCCUCUUCAGGCUUCUAGCUCCGCUCGGUAUUCAGCCACAAUCGCCGCACGUGAAAUGUAAAAUAAAUUCGCGGAUUGAAUCGGCUACUUGUGACGUCAGCUCCCCGAGAAGUGCGAAAAUGAAAACGCACGCCAAUAACCUCGAGAGCAAUACUUCA